AUGGGCGAUCGGAGGGAGAGGGAUAGGGAUAGGGAUAGGGACAGAGAUAGAGACCGGGAUCGUCUCCGGCACCGACACAUCGAUCAUGAUCGUGAACGAGACCGUGAUAGAGAGCGAGACCAUGACCGUGACCGUGAGCGUAAGGAAAGGAACAAACGGUCAUACACACCAGAACGAGCUCGUUCUCGCCACGAUAGGUCUCGGACUCGCUCCCCGGACCACCACCGGUCGCGUUCUAGAUCCACCGACAGGCACCGCAGGAGAAGCCACCACCGUACCCCGUCCCCUGACCAACAGCGGAAGCGUCGCAAGCACGGAGAUGAUGAUAGCCAGCGUACCGCGGCUGUAGUUUCGGAGUUUGUGGAUGAGAUUGUGAAGGAGAAACAGCAGCAGAAGAACUCUAAGGAUGUAGAAAUGGUUGAAGAUGAUGCUGGUGGAGAGAUGGAUGCCAAUGAAAUAGAGAUGAUGAAGAUGAUGGGCAUACCUGUUGGUGAACCGCUGAGUGAGAUGCUUGAAAACAUGACAAACUCUCAAGUCACUUGAUGCAUGAUCCCUUUCAUUGAUUCAACAAUUUUAAUGUCAUCAAUUGCUAUAUUGUGUAUCUGAGUUGUUAGCAAACUUGAAAAAAUAUCACUUAUGGAUUUCUUACAUGUGUUGUGAAAUUUGUUUAAGUGGAUUGAAUUGGCAACGUAGGAUGGUUAUGAUUACUGCAAUUUCGCAAGCAUGUGCACAUCACAUACUCAAAUUCGCAUCAAAUUUCGUAUCAUUAUGAUUCUCUAGGUUAUCCGAAUCUUAUUACUUGGUUGGUCUAUUUUAUUUAUUAUAUAAAAGAUGAUUGAUAAAUGUAGAAUGGC